CUAAAACAGAAAGUGAGCUUUCACAGAGGAGCAGAAACUGAUCCAACAAGUGCCCAACAGACAGGAAAAAAGAAGGAAAAGACAGAAGAAGAAGCGAUGGAGCACUCCAAACAGACACAGUACAGCUCACACGAGACGAAAGACCCGGGAAACAGCGGAUCCGUGCUGAACGGACACUUUGACGGGAUGGUGAAGCGGUCAGCCGGCGGCUCCUCCCAGCCUCCGGGCGCGGAGUCCGGCUCGCAACGGCCCAUGAUGGAGAGCUGGAGGGAGGAUCGCACCAGGAGCGUGGAGGACAACGAGAUGAGCCUGCCGUCCCUGGCCGCAGCUUACACCACCAUCCUGCGGGGGCUCGGGGAGGACCCGCAGCGGCAUGGGCUCCUCAAAACCCCCUGGAGGGCCGCCACCGCCAUGCAGUUCUUCACCAAAGGCUACCAGGAGAAAAUUAUCGACGUGCUAAACGACGCCAUCUUCGACGAAGACCACGACGAGAUGGUGAUCGUCAAAGACAUCGACAUGUUCUCCAUGUGUGAACAUCACCUGGUGCCCAUCUUCGGCAGGGUUCACAUCGGUUACCUCCCUAACAAGAGAGUUCUGGGCCUCAGCAAGCUGGCCAGGAUUGUUGAAAUUUACAGCCGUCGACUACAAGUUCAAGAGAGGUUGACCAAACAAAUUGCUGUAGCGAUCACAGAGGCUCUGCAGCCCACCGGGGUCGGCGUGGUCAUCGAGGCAACUCACAUGUGUAUGGUGAUGCGCGGUGUUCAGAAGAUGAACAGUAAAACUGUCACCAGCACCAUGUUGGGAGUUUUCAGGGAAGAUCCAAAAACCCGCGACGAGUUUCUGACGCUGAUCAGGAGUUGAGAAAGACGAGGUUCUUCCUCAUCCUCCUGUUGCCUGGGGUUACCACCACCUGCACGGACCAUCCGCCGUGCUACCUGUGGGUGUGUGUGUGUGUGUGUGUGUGUGUUUCCAUUUCACCAACGGCAGUGACAGAGUGUUUUCCAUCCAACUCUUUUUAUUUGUCAGAUAAGUUAAACUGUCACUUAGUGCUUGUUCGAGGCCGCGGACUGCCAUGUUUACUUUUUAGACGACAGGACAGACUUUCCCCCAUUUUGUCCGUGUGAGAUGUUUGUGGUGAUCCAUUAAAUAUCAUUGGCCUCGAGAUACAGAAGGACAGUUUAACAAAGAAGUAAAAAAAACAAUUCUAUUAUCAAUUAUAUAACUGUAUUAUCUUUCAAUUAUAUUAUUAUGUGCAUGAUGUUUAAAGGCCCUUUACAUAAAGUAUGUCACAAAGAAAUAUGUAGGCAAAAUGAAUAACGGCAUCAGAUUUACAGUAUCAUAUAUCUCAUUGAUGUAUAAUAUCUGCACAGAACAGUAAAACAUUUUUUAAACAAUACUGUAAAUCUGGGAUUAAAAUAAAUAACUGGAGACACAUUCACAAAACAUCACAAGGCUAAAAGUAGCUCAUAACUGUCAACUGCAAAAUAAACAAGAAAAUAACAUUUUGGUCUGAGAGUAAUUCACAAAGCAUUUUCAGCUCCCAAGUCUGAGAAGUAAGAGAUGAUGUGUCUCAUCGCAUCAGUGUUUUAAAAAAAAUACAACAAUAAUAAUAAAAGUUUUAAAAGCAUAUGUUAGUGGUUGGAUAGUUAAUAAGAUUAAUCCAAAGAAUUCAAUAACACUGGACAACUCUACAGUACUGUAUAAAUCCAGUUUGCAACAUUGAUGAAAACAAAUGAUUAAUUAAUCUUAGUCAAGUGCACAUUAAAUAAUAACCAACUGCAAUAAAUAAAUAUAAAAGUGAUUUCACGGCCGUUGUUUGAUUACCUGAGAAUGCAGUAAAACAGCUGCAUCUGAAAAUAAACAGUAUUCAAAUUUUAACAAUAUGUUUUUUUUACUUAUUAUUAACAUGGUCCUGUGCAUGGAUCUGCCUGUAUGUGCCAACUCGCCGCUCACUGAAAACGUAAAAACGACUUCACAGCCACUGUCAUGACGAGGCAGCCGGCGGGAAGCUGAACUGCAGACUCCCCGUCUGAAAACACUAAAACUUUCAUUUCCAUGAGGCAAAUUAAGUGUGUGUCUGUUAAUGUGUAUAUGUGUGUUGUUUAGUGACUUUGCGUUUAUUUGUGUAGCAUAUUUCUUGCAUUUGAAUGCGUCAUAAUGUCCCCAGACAGAUUUUGGGUUUUAUCUUGUGUAAUGUGGUGACUGGAGUUAUGUGUCUUUGUAUGUGUGUGUCUUUGUAUGUGUGUGUGUGUUGAAGGGAAGAUGAGCACUAACAAACGGCUCUGAUGUGGUUUUUGUGGCCUUGUUGAGAAGGACGGCCUGUUCUGUGGCCUCUUCACCAUCAUUGUCACUUUAUGUACUUCAUUCCAGAUACUUUUUAAUCAAAGAAAAUAAAUCUAUGUGACAGCGA